AACAGACUGAACAGGCUAUCCUCAGAGGGAGGCUCCAUCGCUCAGCAGCCAGAGGCACGCCAGGAUGGAGGUCCCGAAGGAGAAGGUGGAGAAGGAGGAGGCAGCCGAGCAGGAGGCAACAGAGCAGGAGGCAGCGUAUGAGCAGUCAGAGACAGGCGAGAUGAUGCAGCCGCGGGAGGUGCAGAGGAAGGGAACCAUCAUGACGCAGGAGAUGCUCAGAGAUCUGGAGAAGAAGCUGUUGGGUAUUGAUAUCACCGUCCCGGAGAAGCCCUUGAUCAUUACCAAGGACACCAUCGACAUCUCCAAGCUGCCUCAUUCCUACCAAAGCAACACGCCCGAAGAAGAACAGCUGCUGGAAGUGGCAGACAACUUCUCCCGCCAGUACAGCCACCUGUGCCCAGACCGCGUGCCCCUCUUCCUGUACCCGCUGAAUGAGUGCCAAGUGCCAAAGUUCGUGAGCACGACCAUCCGGCCCACGCUGAUGCCCUACCCCGAGCUCUACAACUGGGACGGCUGCGCCCAGUUUGUCGCAGACUUCCUCUCCAUGGAGCCCCUGGCCGACCCUCUCAAGCCGCCCUCGCAUUUGUACUCGUCGACCACGGUGCUCGCGUACCAGAAGGGCAACUGCUUCGACUUCAGCACGCUGCUCUGUUCCUUGCUCAUCGGCUCUGGCUACGACGCCUACUGCGUCAACGGCUAUGGCUCGCAGGACCUGUGCCUCAUGGACCUAACCCGGGAGCAGUGCCCGCUCACGGUGAAGCCCAAGGAGGCACUCCGGGAGAAGGAAGCGGCGCCACCUAAGAAGUACGCUGUCAGACCGCCCCGGGACCUGACCAGCAGGUUUGAGCAGGAGCAGGAGAAGAAGCAGCAGGAGAAGACCCAGGCUGAGGAGGAGAGGCGGCGGAGGGAGGAAGAGGAGCACCUGCAGCAGUCGGAUAGUGCGAACACCGACCCCCUGCACGGCCUGCGGGUGCACUCCUGGGUGCUGGUGCUGUCGGGGAAGCGCGAGGUGCCCGAGAGCUUUUUCAUCGACCCGUUCACGGCCCGCAGCUACAGCCCCCAGGACGACCACUUCCUGGGCAUCGAGAGCCUCUGGAACCACAAGAACUACUGGAUCAACAUGCAGGACUGUUGGAACUGCUGCAAGGACUUAAUCUUUGAUCUGGGAGACCCUGUGAAGUGGGAGUACCUGCUUUUGGGGACCGAUAAGCCUCACCUGUCCAUGGUAGAGGAAGAGGAUGACAACCUGAAUGACGACAAUGACAUAGAGAAUCUGGUCAAGGAGGAUGAGGAUAAGUGCUUCGACAUGCCGCACUCGUGGGUGGAGCAGCUUGAGAUCUCCCCAGAAGUGUUCGAGACCCGCUGCCCAAAUGGGAUGAAGGUGAUACAGUACAAGAUGGCCAAGCUGGAAAAGUGGGCCCCGUACCUCAACAACAACGGCCUCGUGUGCCGCCUGAGCACCUACAAGGACUUGGAGUGCACCAAGACUCUGGAGGUGAAGGAGUGGUACCAGAAUCGGGAGGACAUGCUGGAACUGAGGCACAUAAACAAGGUCACAGGCCAGAUCAUCGACUACUUCAAGCCGGGCCACCCCCAGGCUCUGCGUGUGCACUCCUACAAGUCCAUGCAACCUGAGUCGGACCGCGUCAUGGAGUUCUACAAGACAGUCCGUGUGGACGGCCUGAUCAAGCGGGAGGAGACGCCCUGGACGAUGACGGAACACUAUCAAGGUCGGCCCGACUUCCUCUCCUACCGCCUUGUCAAUUUUGGGCACAGGGUCAAGAAGAUAACUCAGAACAGCACAGAAUCAAAUCCCCGGCCCAUGCUGAAAAUAACAGAGCGGUUCUUCCGCAAUCCCGCGAAGCCUGCGGAUGAGGAUGUGGCCGAGCGCGUGUUUCUGAUCCUGGAGGAGCGCAUCCAGCUGCGCUACCACUGCCGUGAGAACCACAUCACGGCCUCCAAGCGCGAGUUCCUGCGGCGCACUGAGGUGGACAGCAAGGGCAACAAGAUCAUCAUGACGCCAGACAUGUGUAGCAGCUUCGAGGUGGAGCCCACGGAGCACACCAAGAAGCUUCUCUACCAGUACGAGACCAUGAUGCAGCUGAAGAAAGAGGAGAAGUUAUCCAGACAUCAGGCCUGGGAGUCGGAGCUGGAGGUGCUGGAGAUCCUGAAGCUUCGAGAGGAAGAGGAGGAGGCGCACACACUGACCAUCUCCAUCUAUGACACGAAGCGCAAUGAGAAGAGCAAGGAGUACCGGGAGGCCAGGGAGCGUGUCAUGCACGAGGAGCAUUUGCAGCAGGUGGAGGCCCAGCUGGACUACCUGGCCCCAUUCCUGGCACAGCUGCCCCCAGGAGAGAAGCUGACACGCUGGCAAGCCAUUCACGUCAAGGAGGAGUGCCUCAGCGACUUCAAGCAGCGGCUCAUUGACAAAGCCAACCUUAUCCAGGCCCGUUUCGAGAAGGAGACCCAGGAGCUGCAGAAGAAGCAGCAGUGGUACCAGGAGAACCAGGUGACCUUGACAGCCGAGGACGAAGACUUGUACUUGAGUUACUGCUCUCAGGCUAUGUUCCGCAUCCGCAUCCUGGAACAGCGGCUCAAUCGACACAAGGAGUUGGCCCCCCUGAAGUACAUGGCUCUGGAGGAGAAGCUCUGCAAGGACCCACGCCUGGCAGAGCUCCUGAAAACCUUUGUCUGAUGCCCAGCCUGGGCCUCAGCCUAAGCUGCCAGAGAAAGAGAACCCCCUGCAGCCUGCUCCCUGUGUUUCAGGAGCCUGGCCUCACUGCCACGCCACCCCUGCAUUCCUGCU